GGAAAAAGAAGUGAGCAAUCUCUGGGCCAUCGUCCUCCCUCUUCGGCUGGGUGUCUCUGUCUCUGUUAUAACAGAAAAAUAAUAAAGGAGUCUCACAAUCGACGAACCAAAACGCAUCAAUGCCAGCCCAGAAGCGGUCAUUGCCGGAGAACCUCGACGAUGAAGAGUCCAGCCUCCAUCACCAAAGCCACACCAAGCAAUCUCGGAACGAAGAUGGCCAACACGAAGCUGAAGGCGACACGACCCAAGUGGAAGAACAACAGACCGAUCCGGAGCAAGAGCAACAAAACCAGAAACAAGACCCCGAUGACCAGAACAACCAAGCUCAACAACUCCAAGCCGACGACGAAGAUGAAGAAGACGACGAUGGUGAAGAAGAAGACGAAGAUGAUUCUGAUGGGAGUCAAUCUUCUACUUCUCAAGAGAAACCCGAAUUUGUCUUUGUAGAGCUUCCAGAAAUUCGUAAAGAUGUUCAAUGUCCAAUUUGUUUAGGAAUCAUAAAGAAAACAAGAACUGUAAUGGAAUGCCUACACCGUUUUUGCAGAGAAUGCAUUGACAAAUCAAUGCGACUGGGGAACAAUGAGUGUCCUGCUUGUCGUACGCAUUGUGCUAGUCGACGUUCUUUAAGAGAUGAUCCAAAAUAUGAUGCCUUAAUUGCAGCUCUAUAUCCAGAUAUUGAUAAGUAUGAAAAAGAGGAAUUGGCUUUUCAUGAAGAGGAACGGACUCACAUUAAGCAGAUUCAAGCAUCAAUUGCUCAAAUUUUUCAGAGACAAUCAGAAGCACUUGUUAAGCGGCAUAGUCUUGGUAAAGAGAGCAGAACAAGUGGCUUUAUGAAUAGAUCACAACGCCAUCAUCGGAGUAGUCAUCCUCGUAGACGAAGGAACUCUCGAGGAGUUGAGCAUCAAGGAUCUGAAGACAAUGAAGAUGAAAAUGAUGAUAAUGGAGGCAAAGAUUCAUCUUUCGCAGACGACCACUGUACUGAAGUGAGGCAGAGAAGGCGCAAAAGAUGGACUGGAAUCCGGAUGGCCCUGCCUUCAUCAGUGGUAAAUUCAGAUGGUGGAUAUGUUGAAAAUGAUACAGAAGUGUCUAGAGACAGAAGAGGACUUUCUCUUGGGCUUGUCUGGAACCUGGAUAUGCUUGUUUGGGGGAGAGGAGGUGUUCGGAGUCACAUUCGACAUGGAAAUAUGGCCAGUGGCAGUAGUAAGAGUUCACAUGCUCGCUUAAACAGAUUGGUAGAAUAUCUUAGGAGCUUGGAGGAAAAUGAUGAUGAGUUGGAUGUUCAUCUCAAGCUUAUUUCGGUGGAUGAACACAGUACAUCAAGUUUGCAGCAACCGUACCUUUGUUGUCGGCCCAGUCUGUCAGUUAAGCAGCUAUACGAAGAUGAAUUCUUCAUGUGGUUCUGCUCUUUCUAGCAUUCCCCCCCUAUAAAAUCGACGUUUACAUCUUUUGUGGUCAAAGGGGGUGUGGUUGGGUUUGUCCCCACCAAGGGUUGAAGCCUUUCUUUGGCAGUUAGCCCAUCAGAAAUUGGUAGUAAAAGUGGAGUUGGUUAACAGAGGAAUGUCCUUGGGAGAAGAUAUCCUUUGCCCAUUUCGUAAGAAGAAUGAGGAAUCAGUGCAGCAUUUGUUUAUCACGUGUAAUGUAGUUUGGGAAUUAUGAAAUAAGGUAAUAAGUUUUUGGGAUUUAUAUGUAGUUUUACCUAAGGACCCUCCUUUACUUAUCUCGUGGGAGAAUUUGAGGGUGUAUUCAUUGAUUUGGAAGUUUAUUC